UCAAAUAUCCACAGCCUGCUGUAUAGCUUUUUUUGUUCAUUUCAGUUUGUUAAAAAAGGGACCAUGAUUUGCAUAUUUCUUAACACUCAUCCAACCAUGAGUUGGCUUGGAAAACGUGCGAAGGGGAGUUGUUACUCUCUACAAGAGGGAUAAAAGAAAAAAGAAAAGGCCGUCUUUUCUGCACUCUAAAGCCAGUCUUUAAUCCCAAUUCAACUCGUUUGCAUCGACGUCCCAAGCACCAACAAUGACUCGAAGCGACCUCUCUGCGUUCUUUCUGAUCUGUUCCUUAUGGACCUUCUCAUUUGGGCAAGCCUUGGAACAACAUCACGAUGGGAUUGAAUUAUGGCCAAUCACGCAUCAAUAUGAAGCCGUUCCAACUGUCGGUUCAGAAGAUCAAUCCAUGGAGGAAGAGCUCAGACACGAUCUAGAUGAGUUGGCCUCGGUGAUGAAGAUCCUUCAACUCAAGAUAACCGAUAUUUUGACUCGUUGGGAUGUUCAAAAGACCGAUCCAGCUUUGACCCAAUCACCCAACAACGACGCUGACUAUGAGGCUGUUUACUCCGAGUACAAUCUCUAUUGAAGUGGAAUGAGAUAAAUCACUUGGAAUCACAGAAUGAAUCAUGUUUAGUAUUUUUCACGAUAUUGUUACAAUUUUAUUGACCCCUCUUUGCGAAUUAUUCAAGGCAUUAAUUACGGCUCCUUACACAAAUGUGCUUGUGAUUGAAACUUUCUUGACUAGAUCAGUGUGUUUCGAUUCGAAAUGAGUGAAAACGUUACAAUCAUUUUGGGAAAGUUUUUCAAUGAACAAACGAACCCUAUUGUAGAAAGCAACAUGUGCUGUAAACUUUUGUCUCUUAAAAGCCUAUAUGAAAAAAGUGGGUGGAAAAGUAGCUUUUUGUAUCAGCUAUCUUGUUCGUACAAUAAUAACGAUUCUUGCAACGGGA